AUCACCACCCGCGUUAGAGUUCACGCUAAUUCGCGGGCUUUCGCAAAAGAAGGCCCACUUUCUGAUCUCCUUCUCAAUGGGCUUCUUCUCAUCAACGGCCCACCCCGUCAUCGCCGGCGGCACACCAGCGCCGCCACCACAUCGGACUCUCAUCCCGAGUGGGCCCCAGUUCCUGCUCUACCGCCCUCGACGGUUCUCUGACGGCGGCCGCUUGCGAAUGGCCGUUAAAAUGGACGGAAAAGAAAGCUCUGUUGCUGACACCGUCAUUGACGCCGUUGACGCCAAGCCGGUGAUCGCUGAACCUCCAACGAAACCAGAGCGAGAUUAUACAGGAACACCAUAUGUUCCCAUUUAUGUAAUGCUACCUCUUGGUGUGAUCAAUAUGGACUGUGAGCUAGUCAAUCCAAACAGUCUAUUGGAACAAUUGAAGGCUUUAAAAUCUUCCAAUGUUGAUGGUGUCAUGGUUGAUUGUUGGUGGGGAAUAGUGGAGGCUCAUGAACCACAGCGAUAUAGAUGGAACGGUUAUAAGCAGCUUUUUCAUAUGGUUCGAGAACUUGGGCUUAAGCUGCAGGUGGUUAUGUCAUUUCAUGAAUGUGGAGGAAAUGUCGGUGAUGAUGUGUGUAUUCCUCUGCCUCAUUGGGUGAUAGAGAUCGGUAGGGGUAAUCCGAACAUUUUCUUCACUGAUCGAGAAGGAAGGAGAAACUACGAAUGCCUUUCGUGGGGGAUUGACAAAGAACGGGUUUUGAGAGGUCGAAUGGCAGUUGAGGUGUACUAUGACUAUAUGAGAAGCUUUAGGCAGGAGUUUGAUGAGCUUUUUGAGAAUGGGAGCAUCACUGAAAUUGAAAUUGGAUUAGGACCCUGCGGAGAACUUCGCUACCCAUCUUAUCCAGAAAAGCAUGGGUGGAAAUACCCUGGCAUUGGAGAGUUUCAGUGUUAUGAUGAGUAUCUUUUGAGGAAUUUAAAAGAAGCAGCAGAGACAAGGGGCCACUCUUUAUGGGCAAGAGGACCAGAUAAUGCUGGCUCUUAUAAUUCCUACCCACAUGAUACUGGAUUUUUUCGUGAUGGUGGUGAUUAUGAUAGUUAUUAUGGUAGAUUCUUCCUUGGAUGGUAUUCCCAAGUGUUGAUAGAUCAUGCUGACCGUGUAUUGUCACUGGCUAAAUUGGCAUUUGAGGGUUCAUGCAUUGCUGCAAAGGUAUCAGGCAUCCAUUGGUGGUACAAGACAGCCAGCCAUGCUGCUGAAUUGACAGCUGGAUUUUAUAAUCCGUGCAAUCGUGAUGGUUAUGCUCCCAUUGCAGGAAUAUUAAAGAAGCAUGAGGUAGCUUUGAACUUCACAUGUGUUGAAUUGAGGACAUUGGAUCAGUAUGAAGGCUUUCCGGAAGCUUUGGCAGAUCCUGAAGGCUUGGUAUGGCAGGUGCUAAAUGUUGCAUGGGAUGUCGGUAUACUAGUCGCUAGUGAAAAUGCUCUACCAUGCUACGAUAGACAUGGCUACAAUAAGAUUUUGGAGAAUGCCAAGCCGUGGAAUGAUCCGGAUGGGAGACAUUUAUCAGCCUUCACCUAUCUGAGGCUUAGCCCAAUCCUUAUGGAGCCCCACAAUUUUGCUGAGUUUGAGCGUUUCGUCAAGAGAAUGCAUGGUGAAGCUGUUCCUGAUCUACAGUUGCAGAGAAUUGGAAAAGAAAAUCAUGAUGACUCUUAAAUUGUCAAAGAUCAACUCUUUGAAAAAUUACGGGGUAACGGAUUGAUGGUUGUAAAUUUUGAACUUUUGUUCAAUAACAUAGUCUACUAUGGCGUGUUAUCUUGCUUAACGUUUCAGGCCGUGCUCGAGCUAUAAGCGCUUUAACUUACUGAUCAAGCAAUCUUUAGAAGGAAAGAAUAUAAUCAGUAUGUGAGGAUAUAGUUUGUCCAUCUUUAAAAGGGUUAAUUGCGGAUAGAUCAUGUGUACUAUCUCCCGAUUGCAGAUAGAACCCUUGUACUUUUAUUGGUGCGCCUAGACCCCUGUACUAUUGCCCAAGUGCGGACAGUUUUUUUUUUUUGGCAGUGUGCGGGGGUUGUUUUGGGCAACUCCUAAAGGAGUUUAUUUUUGGGGUC